UCUUAGCUUAAAUAAAUCAUUUUUACUAAAAUGAUCGAGUUAAUCAAUUUAUUGCAAGUUUAGUUUAUCUGGGUUGUUUCUUUUUUCUUUGGAAUUCAUAUUGCAAAACUGGAUUUUUCCUUCUUUCCUUCUUUCUUCUGGGUUCUUGAAAUAGCAGAAUUUCUUUUCUUUUCCGGUAGGUUUCUUUCUGCUUUCUUGUUUCAAUAAUGUGUUCUUUUUGGGCAGCCAGGCUACAUACGUUUCCUCUAAAUUUGAUGGCUUACAUUCCUCCACACAAGCGGCAUUCAAAGGAUGUGAGAACGGCACCCCCAAUUCCAGAGACACCGCACCCUCAAUUUCAAAGAAAAAUGAAUUUGAGAGCAUCCACUUCUCGUAAAGAUAAGAGUGGAAAGAUUGUUUAUGCAGACCAUGCCAUAUCUAAAUGGUUUGCUGUUGGCUUGGAUGAUGAUGGCCAGUUUCCUCCUUACAUUCAUCUCGAGCCGAUUUCCUUGGAAUAUGUUGAGCGUAAAAUUGGAGAAAAGCCUCUUGUCUUGGUGAGUAGCAUUGUAACUGAAGAGGAUAGCAAACUGGUAAGGAAUUGCUCAAGAAGUCCAUGGGAAAUUAUAGCGGAAAACGUACAGCAAGAACUACUCUCUUGUUUCGAAAUUUUGAGGAAUGAAAUGGAUGAUCAGGGUUCUGAAAAAGUAAAGCCAACAUUGGUUGCUCGAUUGGGAAAAUUUAUUUUUCAGGGGAACCAUUCAAUGGGACUAGAAAGUGUCAAUAAAAUGCAGGUUGAAGAAACCAUUUUGAGACAACUCAACAGAUCAUUGUACACAGAUAUUCCUUCUUCAUACAUGGAAAAUAUUGUAGAUGGAGUCGUCCCAGCGAUUGGAAUUGAUUUUUUAGAGGAGAAAGAUGUUUACACUGUAAAGUUGUCUGAUAAUACACGGCCAGAUGCAACUGUUUCAUGCAAAUGUACUGUGAUGGAAAAUAAAAAACUUCAUCUCUACAAGGUUGAGCUAAACCAAGUGCGCCAGAUGGUCAUAGAUGUAUCAUGUCUUGAUAAGAAUCUGGACCUCAGGCUUAUGCUUUGCUCCAGGAAGAUCUUAACAGCUCUAACUGAUGAGGAGAUGAAUAGCCUUAGAGAUCUGAUCAAUUCGGCGGUUCUAGAUUCAGAUAUGAAGGGUGGAUUAAGAUGGCCCCUGGGGGAGGCAUCUUCUGGUGGUAGAUAUAGUGUCAUUGGGGCUUGGCACUCAGUAACCAAAGCCUAUAAAAAUUCAUCAUUUAGGCUUAAAGCAAGAGAUGCCGAUCGAUAUGAUUUCAGGACUGGAACUGGGGAAACUACAAGAGAGAUUUAUCUGAAGUUGAAAAGAAUUGUUUCAGAAAUGCAGGAACCGGGAGCUGAAAGUGAUUCAAUCUCCAAAAUGCUCGAGGACAGCUUAAGACUGAUAUGGGACAAGUUCUUAUGCUGCGAACGGUUUCUAACAUGAACACUCUCCCAUUUGGAAAGGGGGAGAGCCCCAUCUUGUCUGGAUCCUAUCCCAUCACGAGGCGCUGUUUGUCCGAAUUCUCUCCUCUCUGUUAAUUCUAGGCCUCUUUACAUCUCUUUUCCUUUCUUUCUUUGCUUUGCUUUGCUUUCUUUCUUUUAUAUUUGGAUGGUAUGAGUGUUAGUUUUUGAGAAUAGACGCCGGAAAAACAAAAAAGAAGAAGAAAGAUUGUGGAAGUGUGGUUUUCCGAGUAUUUGAGGGAGAGGUUGAUGUCUUUAUGUAAUUAACAAAUGCAAAAUGUUAAAGAGAUAUGGAUGUUUUCCGAGAAUAGAUGCCAUGAAUGCGUAAUCUUCUUUGUAAAA